AUGGCGCCCCUCAUCAAGCAGGUCACGGUGGCCACCCUCGCCGGCAUCCUCAACACCAUAUCCAACCUGCCAGGUGGCUUCCACGGUUCCAAUGUGACCGACUUCAAUGACAAGGCCAUCAACAUUCUCCCCGAUGUGCCCGGCCCGUACAAUGUCGGCGUCACUCCCGUUGUCUUCAAAGACUAUGGGCAUCGUCAAUUCCCUCUCUGUGAUGAUGACAACUACGAGGAUUCCAAUGAUGACUGCUUCCGUCCGCGUCAGAUCAUAACAUCACUCUUCUAUCCGUCUUGCCCUCCCCCAGACACUCAGAGGAGGCCGGUUGUGUUGGGCGAGGAGCACUUUGCUCCUGUCUUCACGGAAACCGUUCUGGAGGAGAUUCUUCACACUGCUACCACUACUUCCCUCGGUAAUAUCACGGGUCUGCACAAUCUCAUGUCACGAGCCGUGACAUCGGCCACUGCUUGCCCAGGCCAGUUCCCCUUGGUGGUCUUUGCCCCCGACGUAGGUGGUCAGCGCCAGGCCUACACCCAGGCGGCAUCCGAGCUUGCUUCGAUGGGUUACAUUGUGCUCACCGUGGAUUCUCCUUUCCUUUCCGGUGUGGUUGAGAACCCGCCCAAGACCUUCCAGCGCAGCCUGUCUGGGGGUGUCGUCAACGAACACCAAGUUUUCACGAUCCAGAACAACGACCUUUGGUUUAUCCACAAGCAUCUCGCCACGGUAAACGAAACACUCGGCCCUCUUUCACGUUGGACCAAUAACGCCUCUGUUCAGGUCGAUCAUUGCAUCUUCGGACACGGCUCGGGCGGCUCGGUUGCUCAAGCGAUGAUCGACAACCAUGUCGUCAGAUGUGGUGGACGUCUUGAAGGAACCCUGGCUCUUCCUGCCCCCUUCAAUGGACAGGUCAAGGCUGACAGCCCCCUUUCUGCCUCUCCAUCACCCUUCCCUGACCGUCCGGAGACGCAUCUGCCCGGUAUCCCAUCAUUCAUUCUUGAAUUCCUCCAGGCCGUGAACCAUCUCCGAAACUCAGGAGUCGAUGUUCUGAAGGGGAUCAUUUGCCGUCUCGAAGGCACCUGUGGUACUCGCAGCCGCUCAGACUCACGCUCUCUCGAGAAACGCAAUGUCGCCGAUGACCCUUGGUACUUUCCCGAGUACCCUUACCACAAGAAGCCUUGGUAUGACGACGACUGCGACUACGGAUACCACAAGGGCGGAUAUGGAUAUGACUGCGACGACGACAAGUGGUGUGAUGAUUACGAUGAUCAUUACUGGUACGACUACGACCCAUGCGAUGAUUAUGACCCUCCCUACUACGACCCAUGCGAUUACGACGAUCCCUACUACCCUCCGUACGAUCCUCCGUACUACCCUCCCCAGCCAUAUCCUUCGGAUCCAUACUCGCCUUACCCAUACCCUUCAAGGCCGUUUCCUCCACCAGGAAUCUUCCCACCCAACAUGACCUGGCCCCCAUAUGGCGACGGCAAGCUCCCCUACGGCAACACGCCUUGGGAUGACCACUGGGAUGACUACCCCAACAGUGGAUCUCCUUACAGACCGAGGUAUGGUCACAAGUACUAUGAUCAUUACCACGGAGGCUAUCCUUAUGGGUGUGACGAUUAUGGUGACGACCUCGACUGCAAUGGCUAUCCUGAUCACCACCUCGUGUGGGACAGGAAGAAGUAUUGCCACGGCUGGAUCGAGGAUUACUGCAACCACAGGCACCACUACGACCAUGACGAUGAUGAUCAUGAUGAUUAUGAUGACAACAAUUGCGAGGACUACGACGACGACUGUGAUUCCGACUACGACUAUGACAAUCAUGAUGACCAUGGCGAUGUCGACGAUUGGGACGAGGAGGAUCACAAUUGA